AUGCACGUUGAAGUUUCAGUAGCGUUAAAUUUUGUGAUAUCAUACCUGUACAGUAAAUUACCCCGACGACGAGUCGAUAUGCUCGCUGACGAAUUAGAGCGUGGACUCAAGAAAAAAUUUGAAGGUCAUUGGUACCCUGAUAUGCCUUGUAAGGGUUCCGGAUACCGAUGUGUUAAGGUAAAUGGGGAAAAGGUCGAUCCGGUUAUUCUCAUGGCUGCUUACAAUGUCGGUUUGGAUGCAGACGAAAUUAAAAAUGCUUUACCCGCUGAGCUCACAGUUUGGAUUGACCCUUCGGAAGUCUCUUAUAGAAUCGGAGAAAAGGGAGUCAUUAAGAUUUUAUACAGCGAGAAGAAGCCAGAAGAAGACCUUCCCGAACCAGUGGAUAGCGAAAUCAUGAUAGUUAGUAAAGGAUUCAAUCCUGAAGCUCAGUGUUUCAAGCCAAUUGAUUCUCUGUCAUCCUCAUUGAGUAAUCUCAGUCUAUCACCAUCCUCACCAAUCUCAUCAGUACCACAUACCAAUUUCAAUAUUCACAAAGAACGAGUAGCUCCUAAAUUCACUGCUGCUUCAUUUGCUGCUACUAAGUUUGGUUCAACUAAGCCAAAGACCCACGUUAAAAGACCAACCAGACUGUCACCAACAGAAUUCGGAAACUUUUUCCGCCAGAAAACCAGCCCAAGCGAGUACAUGCCACAAAGACCUAGAUCACUAUCCCCACGAGAUCCCAGAGUUGAAUUUAUGAUUGAUCAGCAACAUCGUAUGUUGAUGACACAGAAUAGACAACAACUUCACCCAUACUCUGCACAGUCGCCCACAGCUUCUGGUGCUGCAUUCCUUAAUGAUUUCUAUCAACAUCAAUCACCAACUCAUCUGUCACCUACUCACCAAGUUUCACCUCAAUCAUCAUUGGGUUUAAAUUUACCUGAUGUAUUUUCAAGUCAAUCACCAACCACCUCACUCUCACCUGACGUACCCAAAAGUUUAUUGGAUAGCUUUAACCAGAAUAACGUCAGUUACCAAAAUCAUCUUCAGCAACUCCUGUUGGCUAAUUAA